AUGGCCUCGUCCCGGUCAACAGGCAAGCGCCUUCCCAUCAGCUGCCAGGCCUGUCGAUUACGAAAGAUACGCUGCUCGCGCGAUGGUCGACCCUGCCAGACAUGUGUGCGACGGGGUCUCGGCGCCAAAGACUGCGUCUACCUCGGCCAGCCGCGACUGUCAGCCGAGCAAGGGACGUCGGGGGAUAGCACCGGGCAGAACGAGUUGCUGGCGCGCAUUCGUAAUUUGGAAGCCAUGCUCCAGAAACAGACAAACGCGCAGGCGGGCACACCGACAGGUGGUGGGGUCUCGCCAUUGGGUGAGCCCAGCAUAGCUGGAAGCUUCUCCGAUCCUGACGUUGGGACUGGACGCGAGGCCUGGGAUUCCCUCGGGCCGAUGAUGGAUAAUGUUGGAACCCUGCACACUUCGUCCUCUGGUCAUGUCCGUUAUGUGCCACUCGCUUCGCAGUGGGAGUCGUUGGUGGCGAAGAGCCCUGCUGCGGAGUGUUUGCGGACUGCGGAUUUGGAUAUCGGGGAGGAUGACGAUGAUAUGCAGAUUCCAUUGGCGAAAAAUGGGAGUAUCUCCCGCGCGGAGUUGUUGACUGUCUUACCGCCUGGUCGAUACUGCGAUACUCUCAAGGAUGUUUAUUUUCAAGCCUUCUCUACAGUUUUCCAUAUUCUCCACGACUUGACGUUCGAAGCCGAGUAUCAGCAUUUUCGCCAUGAUCCCAGCAGCGUGUCUACAUCAUGGCUGGCUUUGCUAUUUGCGAUUCUGGCUAUCGCUGUAACCGCACUCGACGACGAUCAUCCUCUGCUAUCCGACCUCGGACGAGAACGAACGGUCAGCCGAAACAUCAAAGCGCUCUCAGCACGAUAUCGCUCGGCCGCGUUGCGGUGUCUAGCAGCCGAUGGAGUGGUGUCACGACAAUCGAUCAAUUCAAUACAAGCACUUGUGCUGAUAAACUACGCUCGACUCCACCGCGGUCUACCGAUUUGGACGUUACUCGGAUUCACACAUCACGCUGCAGUAUCAAUGGGCUGCCAUCUCGAUCCAGAACGGUUCACCCUUGGACCAAUUGAGCGAGAGGAGCGGCGAAGAGUCUGGGCCGGACUAAUGAUGCUUUACACCAUACAAAACACAGCAUUCGGAAGCCUCGGGCAGCAGAAUUUAAUGCAGGACGUGAAAAUGCCCGCAGAUAUCGACGACGUCGACCUCCUCACCAGCCCGAGCGUCAAGAGAUCAGCACCCUCGCCAUCCUCCUCCCGCCCAACACAAAUGACCUACCUGCUCCUGAGUUCCCGCCUGUACAGAAUCUCCUCGCAUAUUUGCGAAACAAUCUUCAGCUAUUCCACUACCUCCCACCUCGAAGCGGAAAUAAUCUACAUCCGUGAAAUGGUCGACGCCCGCUACACACCCGAUACAGCCGAAGCCCUACCUAUUCACCACCAAGCCAACCACCACAUCAUCUACAGUCAGAUUCAUCAGCUUCUCCUCCUUCUCCUACGCCCGGUUCUCUGUCGCUACCUCCAAGGCGAGAUCACGCCUGAAACUUGCAGUUCAAGAGCAAAGUGCAUCACUUCCGCCAAAGCUUCACUCGGUAUAUUUAAAACCAUGCUCGAGACACCUUCUUUCAAGCCCUACAGAUGGUAUACUAGCGGUCUGGGCAGUUUCCAUGCAUUCCACGCCGCCGUCACAUUGGCCGUGAUCCUGCUCAUUCCAGAGGGUCAAGCCGAGUACGAAGAAAUCAAAGAUAUCCUCGACCGGGCACUAGACAUGUUCGCCUCGCUCUCAGUCCGCAGUAUAUUCUGCAGCAAGGCUGUUCCCGUCAUUCGACAGAUGAUCGACGUCGCCUCAGCAAAGUACAACCCAGAAGCCCUCACACACUCGCAAACCCACCUCCAAGCCCAAGCACAAGCUCAAGCCCAGGUCCAGGCACAGCUCCAACAAAACCAAGCCAAUAUCCAGUCCCAAUCUCUCUCCCACAACCACCUCCAACCAACCAUUCAAACCCCGAUGUCUUCAAUGCCAAACAUAUCCCCCGUGGGCACCAUGCAGGAUGGCUAUGUCCUUUCACAAUCAGGCUCGCCUGUGCCAACCAUCGCGUCGACCUCCAGCGAGCCAAGUCUGCACUCAGGCUACGGACAGGUGCAUCCGCAGAGUUGGAUUAGCGCUACUUCUGCGCCGUGGGAUGCAUACGGGCAUGGCGCGGGAGGAGGGUAUGGUGUUUGA